AUUGCCCUGGACCCUUCGCACGCCAACUCGAGGGCUGAUGGGCUUAAGGCCUUCAGCCUUAAAGGAUGUUAUCCAAAUGGCACCCACGGGCAAAAAGGUGCCCAGACCCUAAUUACCAUACCAAUAAAAGUUAGUCUUCUCGCUUAUAUUCCUGCGUCGAAUGUUGUACUGUUCAAUCCCUGAAAUGUCAAAUCCAACGGAGAGAUACCGAAAGAUUUGUCUUGGGGAAUCACUGCCAAGAGUCUACCGAUACCCAGUAGCAUGUAAAGAGCUCAGCUUCAUUCUCAGAGGCGCUUAUAGUAAACUCCCCAAAAAUCUCCAAUCCCUCAUCUUUCAGGAUAUUCUCUCCGCCUUUCGUCUCCUUCCCGAAAUGCAGACAGGUGGUGCUGUUGCAGCAGCUCAUCUCCUACUCCAGAGUGCAGAAGCUACUUUGCCAAAACAGAAGAAGAGUUUGGUUGUUACAGAGUUUAAGCAUGCAAAGGUUGCUCAUACAAGACGAAGGAAAGCACACAGGGAAGAAAAAGGGUCUGCCCAAUUGCCUCAAGAUGUUCUUGUUUACAUAUUUAGUUUACUGGAUUUGCAAUCUUUAAUCUCUGUAGCACAAGUCUGCUGUUUAGUUACUUUUGGUUGCUCUUUUGGAAGGUCAUGGAAUUUAGUAGCAAAUGAUAACCAUCUAUGGAAAUUGCAAUAUACCAUAGUCUUUGGCAGAUCUGGCAAUUAUUCUAGGACUAAGAUGCAGUGGGGUGGCAGAUUGCUGAAAGAGGAUUGUACGUUUCUGGAGGAGAAUGUGGUUUCGCAGACCCAUAUUGAUUGGAAAGAGACAUUUAAAAGAGCAUAUAUAGGCACUUUUUCAAAGAAAUUAAUGUCCAAUAGGGGUUAUUGUGGGCAUUGUAACACGGUUGUUUGGCUCAACAACUGGAAAUGCUCUGAUAGACAAUGUGAGCUGAAAUAUGAAAGCCUGCUGAUUAAGCCUAUUUCACCCCAACAGGUUGUCGAGUACAUAACGGAUGGUUGUAUAUCAAUGAUAUCUUCUUCAGAUAGCGAUAGCGAGUCAGACGAAGAACCCAUUUCUAGAUUAUGGGCUUAUCCUAGAAACAUAUGUAGAUGGGAGAAAAAGCCCAUUGUUUAGAAGUAUUUUAGUAGAAUCUUUCGUAAAGAAGAUAGCCUACAGAGAUAGACGGUUUCAUUGAACGUUGGAGUUGACCCAUGUACAUGAAUGUUCUUUCUACCGGACAGAGUAAUGUAACUAUCUGUAGAUAUCAUUUUGCUGACAUUGGACUUACCGUAGAUUUUAUAUAAUAAAAAUAGAUGUGGAAGUUGUGUUUCUAUGGGUGUAAUUUUUCAAUGUUUGCAGAUAUGAAGGUGAAUGUACUGUUUAUAUUGCUACAUAUUAACUAUAUGUAAUACGGUCAGGAAUGGCAAUAAGUCGGAAUAGGUU